GUUGAAGGAAUAUACAAAUAUAAAAAAAAAAAACUUAGGUACAUUUCCAUGGAAAUUAAAUUUAUAAUAAGAAAAGUUGCAAGUUAUUGACUUGGUGACCACGACUCUUGAUUUCCAAAAAGUCUUAUAUAAACCCAUUCCAAAAUUGGUGUUUCUCUUCUUUUUUCCUCUUUUCUCUUUCUUUCUUCUUUCAUUUUUGGGUGGUGUACGUCUCCUCUGUCUUUCUCUGCUUCUGCUGCUUCUCGUUCUCUGUGUUUGUCUCUAGGCUUCUUUCUGUCCUUCACCUAUUAUUUUGCUUUUCAAAGCUUUGACUAAUCAAGCUUUCUCUAUUCUCUUCCUUCCAUUUAUUUGCUGCAUUGCCAAUAUAUUUUUUUGCUUGCACAUUUUUCUUCCAGGAAAUAUACUUCAGAGGAACUGAAAAUUUCUUUUAACCUUGAAGAUCAAAUUUCAGUGUUUUUUUGCUGUCUCUGAAAUGAGAAGUUUCCAGGAUCUCUGUGCUUGAUGGACUGCUUCCCGCCAAACAGUGACAAGAAAACUCUAAAGAAGUGGUUUUUCAUAGACAAAACAGUUGGAUAAAACAUAUAUUUGUUAUUUUAGAUUGAAUUUCACCUUAUUAUUCCCUCCUUGAAUCCUUUUUUCAUUGAAACCCUUCUAAAUAGUUUGUCUUAAAACUCUUGACUUGCUACAAAACUGGAUCCAAUGGACAUUAAAACUCCUGUUCUUGCUGAUCCUGCACCCAUCAAAAAGUCGAGACUAAGCAUGCAUUCUAGUAUUUUGCCUUACUCACCUCAACCACAAAGAGCACUCUUUGCAACGGGAAUGCUCUUGUCGAUUCCUAGGAAGAAAACUGGUGUCUUAGAUGAUGUUCGUACUGCUGCUUGGCUGGAUUCCAUGAAAUCUUCUUCUCCUCCACCAAAGAAGUUUGCUUACGAUACUAAUGCUGAUCAAGAUUCAUCUGAUGUUGAUGUUUCUUAUCGUUCAUGGACGCUCAAUUAUCCAUCAGCACUCACAUCAUUCGAGCAAAUCACACAUUUUGCCAAGGGCAAGAGGCUUGCAUUGUUUUUAGACUAUGAUGGAACUUUGUCACCCAUUGUAGAUAAUCCUGACUUAGCUUUUAUGUCUGAUGAUAUGCGCUCUGCUGUCAAAGACGUUGCCAAGCUGUUUCCAACUGCAAUAAUCAGUGGAAGAAGUCGUGAUAAGGUUUAUGAAUUUGUAGGAUUGAGUGAACUUUAUUAUGCUGGUAGCCACGGGAUGGAUAUUAUGAGCCCUGCUAAAGGCUCUGCUGGUUUUAACGGCCACCCUAACUGUGUCAAAUUAACUGACAAGCAGCAGGGUAAGGAAGCUGUCCUCUUCCAGCCUGCGAGUGAAUUUGUGUCUAUGAUCGAGGAGAUUUUUACAUCCCUUAUUGAGACUACUAAAGAAAUUAAGGGUGCGACGGUUGAGAACAACAAGUUUUGUGUUUCUGUUCAUUACCGCAAUGUAGCUGAAAAGGAUUGGAAGACCAUUGCCCUGCGUGUCUACGCUAUACUAAAAGAGUACCCGCGUCUUCGACUUACUCAUGGGCGGAAAGUUUUAGAGGUCCGUCCUGUGAUUGAUUGGAACAAGGGAAAAGCUGUGGAAUUCUUACUUGAUUCACUAGGGCUUAAUGACUGUGAUGACGUGCUUCCAAUUUAUGUUGGGGAUGACAGAACUGAUGAGGAUGCAUUCAAGUUCCUGAGAGAGGAAAAUAGAGGUUAUGGUAUUUUGGUGUCUUCUGUUCCCAAAGAAAGUCAUGCAUUCUACUCCCUGAAGGAACCAUCAGAGGUCAUGGAAUUUCUCAAGGAACUUGUGACUUGGAAGCUGAGUUCACUCUAGUUUAACCACAAUUUAGAAAAGUAAAUUCUAACAUUACAUAUAUAUGAUUAUCCUAAAAAAAAAAACAAGAAAAAAACAGAACCUUUCAGAAAUAUAUACAAUAUGAGAAGGUUCAUACAAAAAGGAGUGCAAGUACAAGUGGUUUUUGGUACAAGGCUCGCCGAGGAAGACGCUUCAUCAUCAUCUUCUUUGGGACCAAUUUUGUCUGUAAAAGUCUAUGUCUGCAAUUUUUUGUAAAUCCCUUACUUGUAUAUGUGUUAAGCCCUUGUAUUUAGAAGCAGCUUAUGAAGGUGCUUAAUUUUCCGUCUAGAGCAUAAGUUUAGUACCUUUGCUUCCAAGUGUAGGGUAGUCAGUUUCGAAUAUGGAUUUAAUCCCAUAUAUUAUAGGUAAUUAUUAGGCUGGUAAAACUUAAACUAGGCUGCAAAUUUUUUCAUUUGUGAAAUAUCUAUUGUUCUAUGUCAGAAAGAAAUUUCUACAUGCAACAUGCUACAUGCUACAUGCUACAUGCUCAAGGUGGUUGAGAAAACGAAGGAAGAAUGAGGAGAUCCGAGAUAUAUAAGAAGAAAAUAUGGCACUGUUAGUUUAUUUUGUUCGAGUUUUUAAAGAGCCAUUUUUUUUGGGCAAGGUUUUUAUAUUACAGAUCCUGCUGUUUUAUGUCAGAGUUGUGGUUAUCAUUAUGUGUAAUUUCGAUGUUAUUAAUAAUAGAUCAAUAUCAAUGUCA